AUGUCAUCAGUAUCAAAAGUUGGUUUCAUUAAAAGUGCAGUUAGACCACUUCCAAUUUAUCAACCAAAAUUUUAUUUAGAUGAAAAAGCAAUGUCACAAAUUGUAGAUCAACCAGAAGAUCCAAUCGAAUGGGAAAAUCACAGAGCAUUUUUAGAUGAUGAAGAUGCCACUCAUAUGAAACCAUCACGUCAAAGAUUCAUUAGACAAAAAACAAUUAAAAAAUUCAAAUGGAAUCAUUUUGUAUAUGAUUUUUGUAAAAACUAUGAAGCAAUCAGAGAAGAAGCAAGAGAAAAAUCAAGAGGUACCAAAACUUUAGCAAGAAUUGAAAACUCUCACUCAUGGUUAGGCGAAAGAUAA